CACAGGAUUUUUUGUCGGUAACUGUAAACAUAAUUUCCAGUAGCUGCAAACACACAAUUCAGUAGCCGUAAACUUUCGGGAUGAAAUGUAAUUGGCCAAAUUUCAAUAUAAAUUUGCUAUUUACAGCUACUGAAUAGACUAAUAAUAGACAGUGCAUCUGAUGUUUUUAGACACAAGUUUUAAAAAUUAUUAUGAUAUAUCAUUACAUGUUCUAUGUUAUAGUUCAACAGUUCAGUAGGAAGUUUUCACAUUUUUGCUUCGUAGAAGCAAUGUUGACAAGCUUUUUUAUAUAUUUUUAGUGACAUAUGUCAAUUGAGUAAACAAACCGAUGCUUCAUCAAAAAUAUUUGCUCAAUUUUUAAAUGAAUUAUCAAAACAUAUUCCCGAUCAUUUAAUUUUAUAUAUCGAUACAUUAACAGAACUAUUUGAUAGUGACUAUUUACGAAAAGAUUUAUUGGUGCUUAUUGUUGAUCAAUAUUUUAUUGACAUUAAUGUUCAUGUUCGUUCACAUGCUCUUCAAUUAUGUGGUAGUCUUGUAGAAAUAAAUUUAUUACCCGUUGUAUUCUAUUGUCAUCUGGCUAAAGCCACAAUUGAAAGAAUGAAUGAUAUAUCAUGUAUUGUCAGAAAAUAUGCUAUUCAAUUGGCAACAAAGUUAAUCAAGCAUAAUCCAUAUACAAAUGAAUUUUUACCAUGUAACAUUAUGAUUGAUGAAUAUAGAAAUGAAAUGAAUAAAUUAAUAUGUUUAGAAACAAAAUUGUGUGAAAUAUUAGACAUAAAAAAUGUAAAAGUUGAUGAAUCAACGUCAAUGACAGUGAUCAAUGACAUUGAUGAUAAUGAUGACAAUAAAAAUAUUUUAUUUAAAAAAAUGAUUGAUCAACAACAUAUUGUCUGUUCAAUGUAUAAUGAUGACGAUCAAUUUAUUCCAUUUGAACGUUAUAAUGCUGAAAUGGAUAAAUCAAUUAAAUAUCAAUCUCAAUUAAUUUCAUUAUUAAUGAGUGGAGAGAAUAAUGAUGAUACAUUAGAUAAUAUUGAAAAUCGUGAAUAUUCACUAGGUGAGGUGGGGGAACUUUUAAAUGAUAUGAUUAAACAACAACGUAUUGUUUGUUAUUUAUAUAAUGCCAAUGAAUUUUGUAAUUUAUUUCGACAUUUUUUAAACGUUGAAUUAAUUUAUUUACUUAAAAGUAAAAUAUCCAGUGAUGUUUUAGAAAUAAUUGAAUUUUUAAUUAUAUGGUCAUCAUUUGAUUCAUAUUCCAGUGAUUAUAAACAAAAUGAACAAAAUUUAUUUUCAUUAAUAUGGUCAACAGAUAAAAAUAUAACAGCAGCUGUCAUCGAUGCUUUUAAACGAAUUUAUCUAAAUAUUGACAAUACAAAAAUAAAAGAUGAACGAAUAUCACAUAAAAAUAUUAUUGAAAAAUUAUUAUUACAUAUUGAUGUUGAUUUUGAUAUAACAUUUGAACAUAUAUUAAAACAGUUAUUCGAUCGAAAAGAAAUUAAUGUGGCAUUUAUUGAUGUUCUAUAUGAUUAUUAUCUAAUGAUGACUAUUGAUAACAAUUAUAACAACAAAUAUAUGACUGAUGAUUUUUAUCUUUAUUUAACCGGUGAUAAACAUCGUCAAUGUUUGUUUCUCAAACUUGUUUCAUUAGUUAUUGAUUAUAGUCCAGAUAUUCUAUGGAAACAUGUUGAUAAAAUUAUUGAUAAUCUUCUACUCUUAGAUGUACGUCAUCAUGAAACUAAUCUUGUUUAUAUUCGAUAUCAAUUAGAAAUAUUGUAUCAUCUAUUUUUAACACAUUUAAAUGAUCGUAAACAAUUAACCUAUUUAUUUUAUGAUACAAUCAUAACAAAAUUAAUUAAUGAUACAACAUCAAUAAAUGAUUGGAUACCGUGUAUGAAACAAUUUUUAAAUCUAUUAUUUAUUAGUGAAAAAUCAAAAAUAUUAUCAAUUGAAAUUGGUAUGAGAUUUAUUCAUUUUAUUGUUGAAAAAUUACGUUCAACAUCAAUAAAUCAUUCUGAUGAUAGAAUAACAUGGUUUGAAAAUUUAAAAUGUACUGAACAAAAUAAAACAUUAUUAAUUAAAUUAUUAGCAACUGUUAAUGUUUUUCUAAUUAAUCAAGUACGACAAGUGAAUACAAAAAUAAACAAUAAAAAUAAACAUUCAGUAACGAAUGGUAAUGUAUUAGAAAUAACUGAUAACAAUUUAUUAAUAGAUGAUGAUGUAUUUGUUGAACAAAAAAAAAAGUUAAAAAAACAAUCGUCAGAUAUUAAGAAUAAGAUUUUUCCUCAAAAACCAUUCAUGACAAUUAAUGGUGAUGAUCAUGAUGAUAAUGAUGAUGAUGAUGAUGAUGAUAAUAAUGAUGAUGGUGAUGAUGAUGAUGACGAUGAUGAUGAUGAUAAUGAAAUGAAUGAUUUAACAGACGGAUGUGAACAACAAGAUUCAGAUCAAAUUUAUUUACAACAGCAAUUUGAUUUAACACAAUUAGAAAAUGAAGAUUCACUCGUUUUACUAGUGGAAAGAUGGCUUGACAAUUUUUUUAUCGAUGUACAAACAAAUGUCUAUGAUUCUGAAGAAGAUUUAGUAAUGACUGCUAUCAUGACAUUAACUCGUUAUAUGUUUGUUUCACCACAAUUAUGUUCCAAAUAUGUUAAUCGAACAUUUCAAUUUUUAAAUACAUGUCCGUAUGCCGGUGUUCGUUCAGCAUUAAUUGUAUCCUUAGGAGAUUUAUUACUUAGACAUCCAAAUAUUAUUGAACCAUACACACCAGAAUUUUAUAAACAAAUACACGAUAAAGAUAUUAGUGUCAGUGAGACAACACUAUGUACAAUAGCUGUAUUAAUACUUAGAGAAAUGAUUAAAGUUCGUGGAUAUAUUAGUGAAAUAGCUAUUUGUUUAUUACAUUCCAAUGUGUCUAUAGCCAGUUUAGCAUAUCAUUUUUUCUCGGAAUUAUCUGUGCGUAAUCGUGGAUUAGCACUAUUUAAUGUAAUGCCUGAUAUUAUUAGUCGAUUAUCAACAAUGAAUAGUGAUGUCAAUGGUAAUAUUAAUGAUAACAUCAAUAUUAAAAUGAACAGUACAAAUGAGGGAAAAUUGAUAACACUCGAUAUGUUUCAUCAAAUUAUUGCUCAUCUAUUUCAAUAUGUUAAAAAUGAUAGACAGUGUGAAAUUCUUGUUAAAAAACUCUGUAGACAAUUUAAAUUAUCUUGUGAUGAUCGUAAACGACAAAAUAUUGCCUAUUGUUUGAGUAAAUUAAAUAUCAAAAGUCAAAAUUCAUAUAAAAUUUUAAAAGAACAUUUUCCAAUGGAUAAAAAUGAUCAUGAAACGAACAUAGAUGAUUUAGAUAAUGAUGAAUGUUUGGCUUGGAAAAAAUAUCUAAUGCCUGUUUUAAAUGAAAUUGAACGACGAUUAAAACAACAAGAUACAAUAAUAAUUUCAAGUCAAUAG